CGGUGCGCGCGCGCGCUGGAGCCAGUGGGUGGGCACGUGAGGCCGGGCCUGGGUUUUGGUUGUGUUGCUGGGUGUUCGCCGCUGGUGGAUGGGAAUUGCCUGUCUUGCGCGAGCUGGAAGGUGCAUCCAUUCUGUCAGUAAGAAUGGAAGACUGGCUAUCCUGACAUUAUCAGAUGUUCUGUGCUGUGACUUGUAAGCCUAGUAUCAACCCUUCACUUUUCAAAAAAGCUACUCUGCUAACAGCUAGAAUGAAACAGUUGCCUGCAGCAACAGUCCGCCUCCUUUCAAGUUCUCAGAUCAUCACUUCAGUGGUCAGUGUUGUAAAAGAGCUUGUUGAAAACUCCUUGGAUGCUGGUGCCACAAGCAUAGAUGUUAAACUGGAAAACUAUGGAUUUGAUAAAAUUGAGGUACGAGAUAAUGGUGAGGGUAUAAAGGCUGUUGAUGCACCUGUAAUGGCAGUGAAGUUCUAUACCUCAAAAAUAAGUAGUCAUGAAGAUCUUGAAAACUUGACAACUUACGGUUUUCGCGGAGAAGCCUUGGGGUCAAUUUGUUGUAUAGCUGAGGUUUUAAUUACAACAAGGACGGCUGCUGAUAAUUUUAGCACCCAGUAUGUUUUAGAUGGCAGCGGUCACAUACUGUCUCAAAAACCUUCACAUCUUGGUCAAGGUACAACUGUAACUGCUUUAAGAUUAUUUAAGAAUUUACCUGUAAGAAAGCAGUUUUACUCAACUGCUAAAAAAUGUAAAGAUGAAAUAAAAAAAGUCCAAGAUCUGCUCAUAACCUAUGGUGUCCUUAAACCUGACUUAAGGAUUAUGUUCGUACAUAAUAAGGCAGUUAUUUGGCAGAAAACUAGAGUAUCAGAUCACAAGAUGGCACUCAUGUCAGUUCUGGGGACUGCUGUUAUGGGCAAUAUGGAAUCCUUUCAGUACCACACUGAAGCAUCUCAGAUUUAUCUAAGUGGAUUUCUUCCAAAGCAUGAUGCAGACCAUUCUUUGACAAGUAUUUCAACCCCAGAAAGGAGUUUCAUCUUUAUAAACAGUCGACCAAUACAUCAAAAAGACAUUUUAAAGUUAAUCCGUCAUUAUUACAAUUUGAAGUGCCUAAAGGAAUCUACUCGUUUAUAUCCCAUUUUCUUUCUGAAAGUUGAUGUUCCUACAGCUGAUGUGGAUAUAAAUUUAACACCAGAUAAAAGUCAAGUAUUACUACAGAAUAAGGAAUCUGUUUUAAUUGCUCUUGAAAAUCUGAUGACAACUUUUUAUGGACCACUACCUAGUACAAAUUCUUAUGAAAAUAAUAAAACAGAUGUUUCCUCAGCUGACAUCGUUCUAAGUAAAACAACAGAAACAGAUGUGCUUUUUAAUAAAAUGGGAUCAUCUGGAAAUAAUUAUCCAAAUGUUGACACUUCACCCAUUCCAUUCCAAAAUGAUGUGCAUAAUGAUGAAUCUGGAAAAAACACUUACUGUUUAAAUCACCAGAAAAGUGUUGGUGACCAUUGUGAUGGUCACUUUAGUAGUGAAAAGUCUAGCAUUGCUAACACUAAAAAAACAUUUCAAGAAAUUUCAACAAGUGAUUUAGCGCGGGAGAACACCCAGAGUGAUGAUCGUGAAACUUGUUUUGUAGGUUCUACUGAGAAUACUCAGUCAGAAAAUGGUAAGAAAGGUAAUAAAAAUAUAGAUGAGAGUGGAGAAAAUGAGGAAGAAGGAGUUCUUGAAAACUCUUUGGAAAUAUGUGCAGAUGAUUGGAGCAAGGGAAAUGUACUUAAAAAUUCAAAGGGAGAGAAUAUUGAACCUGUGAAAAUUUUAGUGCCUCAAAAAAGUUUAGCAUGUAAAGCAAGUAAUAAUAAUAAUCCAAGCCCUGAACAAAAGAAUCUCAGCGAAGGUCCCUGUAACAAAAAUUCAAAUGUAAUAGGUAACAAAUCUGGACAGCUUAAAGCUUAUGAUUUAAUUAGCAAUCGAAUAAUCAAGAAACCCAUGUCAGCGAGUGCCCUUUUCGUUCAAGAUUAUCGUGCUAAGUUUCUCGCAGAAAAUCCUAAGACCAGUUUAGAGGAUGCAGCAGUACAAAUUGAAGAACUGUGGAAGACAUUGAGUGAAGAGGAAAAACUGAAAUAUGAAGAGAGGGCUGCUAAAGACUUGGAACGAUACAAUGGUCAAAUGAAGAGAGCCGUUGAACAGGAAUCACAAAUAACAUUUAAAGAUGGCAGAAAAAAGAUAAAACCCGGCACAUGGAAUUUAGCACAGAAGCGCAAGUUGAAAACCUCGUUAUCUAAUCAACCAAAACUCGAUGAGCUUUUUCAGUCCCAAAUUGAAAGAAAAAGUCAAAAUAUUAAAAUUGUACAGAUCCCCUUUUCUAUGAGAAAAUUAAAAAUAAAUUUGGAGAAACAAAAGAAAUUUGACAUAGAAGAGAACAAUGAACUUUGCCUAAUUCACAACCUCAGGUUUCCUGAUGCAUGGCUAAUUACAUCUCAAAGAGAGGUAAUGUUGUUAAAUCCAUAUAGAGUAGAAGAAGCCCUGCUAUUUAAAAGACUUCUUGAGAAUUAUAAACUUCCUGCAGAGCCACUGGAAAAACCAAUCAUAUUAUCAGAGAGUCUUUUAAAUGGAUCUCAUUAUUUAGAGAUUUUAUGUAAAAUGACAGGAGAUGACCAGAGAUACAAUGCAUCAGCCUACCUGUCUGAUCCUCGUCUUACAGCAAAUGGUUUCAAGAUAAAAUUGAUACCAGGAGUUUCCGUUACUGAAAACUACUUGGAAAUAGAAGGAAUGGCUAACUGUCUCCCGUUCUAUGGAGUAAUGGAUUUAAAAGAAAUUCUUAAUGCUAUAUUAAACAAAAAUGCAAAAGAAGUUUAUGAAUGUAGACCUCGAAAAGUGAUAAGUUAUCUAGAGGGAGAAGCAGUGCGUCUGUCUAGACAAUUACCCAUGUACCUAUCAAAAGAGGAUGUCCAAGAUAUUAUCUACAGAAUGAAGCACCAGUUUGGAAAUGAAAUUAAAGGGUGUGUUCAUGGUCGCCCAUUUUUUCAUCAUUUAACCCAUCUUCCAGAAACUACAUGAUUAAAAUUAUUUACUGAUGAAAUUGAUUUGGUCAUAAAACAAAGUCAAUUUUUAACCCGUCUUUGUAUUAUCAUGUGUCAAAUGGUUAUUUUAUAAAUGAGGAUUCCCUGGUUUAUUUGUAUAUGAAAAAUGUUUGAGAAUUUGUAGAAAAUUUAAAUAAACUAAUAUGUACUAUUCA